GCGUGGGUGGGCAACGUCAUUUCCGGAGAGUGACGGAGCGGCGGGUCAGAGGCGGCGGCAAAAUGGCGGCGCCUGAGGAACGGGAGCUGACGGCGGAACAGACCGAGAAGCUGCUGCAGUUCCAGGACUUGACUGGCAUAGAGUCCAUGGACCAAUGUCGCCACACACUGGAGCAGCACAACUGGAACAUAGAGGCAGCUGUGCAGGAUCGCCUGAACGAGCAAGAGGGUGUCCCAAGUGUCUUUAAUCCUCCUCCACUGCGGCCCUUGCAGGUCAAUACAGCUGACCACAGGAUCUACAGCUACGUUGUCUCAAGGCCACAGCCAAGGGGCCUGUUAGGAUGGGGUUACUACUUCAUAAUGCUUCCAUUCCGAUUUACCUAUUACACGUUACUUGAUAUAUUUAGGUUUGCUCUGCGUUUUAUACGCCCUGAUCCUCGUAGUCGGGUCACCGACCCAGUGGGUGACAUUAUUUCGUUUAUUCAUAUGUUUGAGGAAAAAUAUGGGAGGAUACACCCUGUCUUCUACCAGGGAACUUACAGCCAGGCACUGAACGAUGCCAAGCGGGAGCUGCGCUUCCUGUUGGUUUAUCUUCAUGGAGAUGACCACCAAGACACAGAUGAGUUCUGCCGCAAUACACUGUGUGCACCUGAGGUCAUCACCCUCAUCAACACUAGAAUGCUCUUCUGGGCUUGCUCAACCAAUAAACCAGAGGGAUACAGAGUGUCCCAGGCUCUGCGGGAGAACACGUACCCUUUCCUGGCCGUGAUCAUGCUCAAGGACCGCAGGAUGACCGUGGUUGGGCGGCUGGAAGGCCUCAUCCAGGCUGAUGACCUCAUCAAUCAGCUCAUGUUCAUCAUGGAUGCCAACCAGACAUACCUGGUGUCCGAGCGCCUGGAAAGGGAAGAGAGGAACCAAACCCAAGUCCUGAGGCAGCAGCAGGAUGAGGCAUAUCUGGCAUCCUUGCGUGCGGACCAGGAAAAGGAACGCAAGAAGAAGGAGGAAAGGGAGAGGAAGAAGAAGAAGGAGGAGGAAGUGCAGCAGCAAAAACUGGCAGAGGAGAGGCGGCGGCAGACACUGCAGGAGGAGAAGGAGCGGAAGUCGGAAUGCCUUCCUCCAGAACCGCAUCCCGACGACCCGGAGAGUGUCAAGAUCAUUUUCAAGCUGCCUAACGAUUCCAGAGUGGAGCGGAGAUUCCACUUCACACAGUCAUUGACGGUGAUCCACGACUUCCUGUUCUCCUUGAAAGAAAGCCCUGAGAAGUUCCAGAUUGAGGCCAACUUCCCUCGCCGUGUCCUGCCCUGCCUCCCUACAGAGGAGUGGCCCAACCCCCCCACGCUGCAGGAGGCCGGACUCAGCCACACGGAAGUCCUCUUUGUGCAGGACCUCACGGACGAUUGACACUUCUUUUUGGUUUUGUUUUUGUUUGUUUUGUUGUUUCGUUUUUGGUUUUUGUUUUGGUUUUUUUUUUUUUUCCAGAAGACACAAAAUGGAAAGAGAAAUUCAUAUUAUUAUUAUAAUACAAUAUUUUUUUUAAAAGACUGUGUACAAACGAGGGAUCAGAGACCACAUGGCCUGUGCCAGCUGUGCUGCGUGUGUGCGCUGGCGAGAGGACGCGUGCGCACGGCCAUCCCCUGCACCGGGGGGGCAGCACAGGGGCGAGCUGCUGUUGCCCCUCUGCCCUCCCUGGGGAGGAACAGGAAUGGCAGCUCUUGGUAAUUAUUGCUUUUAUUGAUGACAAUAAUAAUAAAACCCCAGCAACCCAACAUCUCGUGAAGAUUUGAUACUCUGCCGCUCCUGAGAGACACAAGACCGAGCACCGGAAUGUGCUGGGAGUAGGGUGGGGGGGGAAAGGGCUGGACAUACUUUCUUCAGCUUCCCUCUGUGUAUAAAUACUGUUCUUUUAAUAUUUCUCUUGCUUUGUAAUGACCAAAGGAGAUUGGGGUUGAUUAUAGUAUUAACUUUUUGAUAAAGAGCUGGUUCGAUUCUUACCCAUGUGGGGUCUUGCCCAGGGUUCUUAGCCUGCAUAGUGUAAUAAACUCUGCCUCUAGCAUGUCUGUGCUGAUGCUUUC